CGUGACGGUCACGGACAGCAAUAGCGCCUCACUAUGCCCAGUAUGAAGGCCCUCGUCAAGAUCAUCGCGGCAGUCAUGCCGGUCGCCGCCGCCGCACUGGAGCACACCUCUACCACGGCACAGAUUCGCCUUGCAUACCAUGGCAACGACGGCAUGACGGUGAGCUGGAACACGCUCAAACACGUCAAGCAUCCCAAGGUCCACUGGGGCCUCUCCGAGGACAAUCUCAACAACACCGCUUCCUCCGACGUGUCGGUCACCUAUCCUACAUCGACGACAUUUAACAACCACGUGCUGAUCAGUGGUCUGGCCCCCGACACCACGUACUACUAUCUGCCCUCGCCGCUUUCUGUCAAAUGCAAAGACGCCAGGAGGAGGCCGUACAGCUUCACGACGAGCCGCCGGACCGGCGACCAGGCGUCGCUGUCGGUUGCCGUCGCCGUUGACCUCGGCACCAUGGGCAGCCUGGGUCUCAGCACGACGGCCGGCAAUGGUGUGUCCCCGAACAACGUUCUCAAGCCCGGGGAGAAGAACACCAUCGACUCGUUGACCAGCAGCCUGUCCGGGUAUCAGUUUUUGUGGCACCCGGGCGACAUCGCCUACGCCGACUACUGGCUCAAGGAGGAAAUCCAAGGCUACUUGCCAAACACCACAAUCGAAGAGGGAUACAGGGUGUACGAGUCCAUCCUCAACGAGUUUUACGAUGAGAUGAUGGCCGUCACCGCCACGAGGCCGUACAUGGUUGGUCCUGGCAACCACGAGGCCAACUGCGACAACGGAGGCACCACGGACAAGGCGCACAACAUCACGUACAACAGCAGCAUUUGCUUCCCGGGUCAAACCAAUUUUACCGGCUACAAGAAUCACUUCCGUAUGCCAAGCGAUGUCUCUGGAGGCACUGGCAAUUUUUGGUAUAGCUUCGAUAACGGGCUGGUGCACUUCAUCCAGCUCGAUACUGAGACGGACCUAGGCCACGGCUUCAUCGGCCCGGACGAAGCGGGCGGCUCGGGCGGCAUCGGCGCAGACCCGGUCAACGCCACCAUGGAUGCCCAGACGACGUGGUUGAAGGCGGAUUUGGCGGCCGUGGACCGCACCAAGACUCCCUGGAUUGUCGUAGCCGGCCACCGGCCCCUGUACCUCAGCCACGCAAACGACAGCACGUUUUGCUCCGCGUGCCAUGAUAUCUUCGAGCCGCUUUUCGUCGAGUUCGACGUCGACCUGUACUUGUCAGGCCACGCCCAUGUCUACGAGCGCCUGGCUCCUCUGGGCCUCAAUGGCACUGUUGACCCGGCAGAGCUGAACAACCCCACGUCUCCGUGGUACAUCACCAACGGCGCCGCUGGGCAUUACGACGGCCUCGACUCUCUGCAGAGCCCUCGAAACCCAUACAGCAGAUUUGGCUUGGACACCCACGACGCCGUGUAUGGUUGGAGUCGCUUGACUUUCCACAACAGCACACACUUGACUCAUGAGUUUGUCGCGAGCAACAACAAUACCGUGCUCGAUUCUGCCACCUUGUAUAAAGCUCACGGCUGAGGGCCUUGGGUGGUAUCAGCAUGAAGUCGCUCCCGCAGCCACGAUUAGUAUUGACUUUGCCUGGCAAAGGAUCUUGGAUACGGCAUGUCAACGACGUAUCUUGUCCAGCGGCAAAGCACGUAGGGGGCGGCAACCCCGGGUCAAUGCAGCCUACCCAUAUCUUUACUUUAUAACUACUCCGUAGUUGAGAUCUUGAAUCACCUAUUGUGCCAC